CUCGACCAGAAUCAUUCAAACAAAUCGUAUUCAAUAUCACUACGUUUCUUCCCCUCAUCUUUUAUCUUCAUCUUCAUCUUCAUCUUUCCGGCGGCCAUUUCCGAUUCAUUCUCCGGCCGACAUUCCUCUUUCUCGCCACCAUGCCGUCGUCUUCCUCCGAUCAAUCGUUGCCGGAGAACCUUCACUUUCAGGCUCUUUUGGACUCUGUUCGUCCCUUCCUCCGCGGCGAGCUCGAAAAGGUUAACACGGACCUUCCUUCUCUCAUCUCCGUCCUCCGCUCCGUCGGCGCCGGCGAGUGCUGGCACAAGCACGGCACCUUCCUCGAUCAUCUUGUCGAUAUCUACCGAAUUCUCAAGAUCUGGAAAGCGCCAGAGCCGGUUUGUUUGUGCGGCCUCUUCCACUCGGCUUACUCCAAUUCCUACGUCAAUCUCGCCAUCUUCGAUCCUUCCACUGGCCGCGAUGUUGUUCGUAGCCAUGUCGGCGACGCGGCGGAGCGAUUGAUUCAUUUGUUCUGUAUCGUCCCUCGGCAGCCUCUGAUUCACGACGAUCUUCUUUUCCACUACUCCGAUUCGGAACUCGUCGAACACCUCAAGGUUUCCGAGGCAUCGCUGAAAGACGCCGUGGAAAACGGACGAUUCAACGACGAAGAAGCGUGGAGAAAGAAAUUACAGUCGAUUCUCCCUGCCGAUGGCGUAACCGUGAAGCACAUUAAAACCGGAGAAGACGUUGCGGUUUCGAGGCGAGUGGUUGCGAUUUUCCUCACGAUGACAAUGGCCGAUUUCAGCGAUCAAUUGUUCGGAUUCCAAGAUUCACUGUUCGAUAACUCCAACGGCCGCCUCGAAUUCACAGGUAACAAUUACAAAUCUCUCUGGCCUGGAAACGGCAAGCCUGGACUCUGGAUGAAUUCCGUGUCGAGAAUGGGAGCCAUAUACACCCUAAUCGCGAGAGAGGAAGCCAUUACAAUCGCACAGAGGAAGAAAACCGGUGACGUAGGGCUCAAAACAGAGAGAGACGAGGAUCUAGAGCUGGUAAUUCCACCAAUUUUCAAAAACUGCACAAGAAUCAUCGACGCAGACGAUCAAAUUACCGCAAGAGAUUUGUACUGGGAAGGUGUUUGUGAAAUGUCCGAUAGAACCGAGGAGCUGCUGUUGAGAUCGGUGGAGAAGAAUCCGUUUGCUGGGGAGCCGCGGGUGGCGCUGGGGCAGCUGUAUUUGGGGGAGGGGCGGUUCGAGGAGGCGGCGAGAGCGGCGGAGGAAGGGGUGCGGCUGAUGCUGGAAUGGGGCAGCGCUUGGGACAAGAGGAUGCCAUGGGAGGGCUGGAUUGCUUGGGGAAGGGUUCUUUUGAUGAAGGCCAAGGACAGGUCAUGGCCCAACACUUCCUGGGGAAUCCUCAACUUGGGCCUUGUAAGGUAGAAAAAAGCGUUGCAAUUUACAGAAGAUUCCAAAGGAGCCCAAAGACGGAGGUCACUGAGGGGUGGAAAAUGAACUCAAUCAAAGAAAAGAUAGGUCCUCGCGAUAUAAUCGGUAACGUUACACUAUCAUAUGCAGGCAUAUAAUUUUUCAAAUUAUUAGGGAGUAGCUACAUUGCGGUCGCCUCAUUCAAUAAGUUCUCAUCUAGAUUCAGUGAAUUGUGGUUAUAAAUAGAGUGCUUUACUUGCACGAUCAUCUAUAUAGAACUUGUAUAAUUUGGGAAAGGGUCGUUGAUUGAUCCCAAAGAAGUUUUACUUGUUAUAUAAAUAAAACUUAGGUGUGGAUUGGUUAUAAAUGGAGGUUCUUUUUUUUUUAA